AUGCAUUCCUCUCAGGCUCUUCUUUUAGUGUUAGUGCUGGGUUUGGUCACUCUGUCUGCCAGCCAGCCGACUAUCACAGUGAACAUGAUCAAAACUAUGGCAAGAACCACUGUGGCCAGAAUUAAAAAGAUUAAAGACGAGCAUUUCCAGAUGUCCCCCGAAAUUGACUUUGGCUCCAACUUUGACAACCCUGUUGAGGGUCUAUCAUCCAUUAUAGACCACCUUAGCUUCCUGCAGGCGAGACUCAAGGUUCCACCAACUCAGCAUCUCAGGCAGGUUCAAGGGGACGUGGACACCCUCCUAGGUCACCUCCAACGGCUCGCUCUUUCCCGAGGAUGCCCACAGCCGAAGCCCGAGAGCUACUUGCACAAAGUUGAGGCUGUUUUCCCUAUUACCUCCAACUACAUCUGCCUCCUGGAGCUACAGAGAUACCUGGAAAAAGUGUGCCUGAACCUUGAGAAGCUAAAAUCCUGCUGA